AUGGCCCGUGAAACGCGAGCUGCGAAUGCUGCCGAUGUGGGAUGCGUGUUGUUUCGGCUGAAGCAGGAAGGGCAUUUGGCCCUGGAGAUUUGCGGGCCGCCGGGGACUGCUGCGUACUGCCAUGCGCUACGGCACUCCGUGGGAUGGAAACACCCGAAGGUGUUUGUGCGAGAGGCGGAUUCAGGGGACCAGCCAGUAUUCGAAGACAAAAACGUGCUGCUGCUCCCGCUCUUCACGCACACCGCCUCCCUCUCCCUCUGCUUCUGCUGCUACCGUCGCCGCCUGGCCCUCCGCAUGGCUGCUAGAUCCGCCCGUGCUGCUGCUGCUGGGGGGAAUGGAGGGGCUGCUGGAGGGGAUGUGAGGGGCGAGAGCAGAGGUGGUGGGGCGUCAGCACAAGGGACGGCGGAUGCAGGGGUUGUUGGGAGGGAUGUGGGUGGUUGCUGUGGUGCGCAUGGGGGUGGAGAUGAGGGGGAGGAUUUUGAUGAUUCUGAUAGUGAAGAUGGUACGGAGGGAGAGUAUAGUUCCGGGGAUGGUGGGGUUGAAGGUGAGGGGAGGGGGAGUGAGAGUGAGAGUGGGAGUGGGAGUGGGAGUGAGAGUGGGAGUGAGAGUGGGAGUGGGAGUGAGAGGGAGAAGGCCAGGGCGAGUAGUAGCAGCAGCACGAGUUCGGAAUCAGAAGGCGAGGAGCCUCCAAGUAAGGCGGAGGCAGUAGGAAAGGGUGCAGAGAAGACUUUCGAGGCGCCUCAGAAGGAGAAUUCAAGUAAGGCGGGGCCAGUAAAGGGUGCAGAGAAGAGACCGGCGUGUGCGGAGGAGCCGGGGAAAGCACAACAGGAAGGCAGGAAGGGGAAGAGAAAGGCUCCCAGUCCUGAAGGGGAGGAGAAGGAGGAGGAGGAGGAGGAGGGGGAGGAGGAGGAGGAGGAGGAGGAGGAGGAGGAGGAGGAGGAGGAGGAGGAGGAGGAGGAGGAGGAGGAGGAGGAGGAGGAGGAGGGAAGUGAGGAGGGUGAGGAGGAGGAUGAGAAGGAAGGAAGUGAGGAAGGAGAGGAGGAGGAUGAGAAGGAAGGAAGUGAGGAGGGAGAGGAGGAGGAUGAGAAGGAAGGAAGUGAGGAGGGAGAGGAGGAGGAUGAGAAGGAAGGAAGUGAGGAGGGAGAGGAGGAGGAUGAGAAGGAAGGAAGUGAGGAGGGAGAGGAGGAGGAUGAGAAGGAAGGAAGUGAGGAAGGAGAGGAGGAGGAUGAGAAGGAAGGAAGUGAGGAGGGAGAGGAGGAGGAUGAGAAGGAAGGAAGUGAGGAGGGAGAGGAGGAGGAUGAGAAGGAAGUUAGUGAGGAGGGAGAGGAGGAGGAUGAGAAGGAAGGAAGUGAGGAGGGAGAGGAGGAGGAUGAGAAGGAAGGAAGUGAGGAGGGAGAGGAGGAGGAUGCGAAGGAAGAAAGUGAGGAGGGAGAGGAGGAGGAUGAGAAGGAGGGGGAGGAGGAGGAGGAAGAGGAGGAGGAGGAGGAGGAGGAGGAGGAGGAGGAGGAGGAGGAGGAGGAGGAGGAGGAGGAGGAGGAGGAGGAGGAGGAGGAGGAGGAGGCAAGGGAGGAGAACGAUGAGAAAAAAGGAAGUGAGGGGGGGGGGAAGGAGGAGGAGGAGGAGGAGGAGGAGGAGGAGGAGGAGGAGGAGGAGGAGGAGGAGGAGGAAGAAGAAUUGGGGGAGAAGGAGAAAGAGAAGGAGAAGGAGAAAGAGAAGGAGAAGGAGAAGGAGAAGGCGGAAGAGGAGGAGGAGAAGGCGGAAGAGGAGGAGGAGCAGCAAGGUGGCAAGGUUUGGAGAGUCGGAAACGGGAGGUCAAAGCGGCGAAAGCUCAAAGAAGGGAAGGCUGCCGAUCAGAGCAGCACGCCUCACACGCUGGCCGUUUCUUUCUCUGGGUUUGACACAGAAACAUCGCUCAAAGUCAUCAAACCCGCGUCCACCUCGCCCUCCGCUGCUCCCGCUUCCUCCAUAUGGGCUGCUAUCAAAACCUCCUCAAAACCCUCAGCCGCCUCAAAGUCAAAGCCAGAGAGAACCGGAUCAAAGCGCAAAGCGAAACGGGCUGAUUCAAGGGGGAGGGUGCUCAGGGCAACGGGGGGGAAAAGAGGAGGGGGGCGUGCUCGGGUUGUGGCUCUUCCCCCUCUGGCUGCUGUGGUGCCGCUUCCAGUGCUAGACAGUCUGCCGCUGGUGAGCACCUUUGAGAACGCUCUUUAUACCCCUCUGGUGGGCGGGUUGGGGCACAGUGGGGGUGGUGGGGGGAACAGGCGCGAGCGCAUGGCCAUGGCUGGGAAGAUCGUGCCUCAGCUAGUGGGCUAUGUGAUUUUCUUCAAGCAGGCUGGCACUGCAGUGCUUGUGACAGAUUGUAGCAGCCCGGAGGAAGCUGCUGCGCUGCUUCCUAUCGCGUCGGUUUGCAGUGGUGUCAACACCUCAGCAGCCCUUGGCCCUCUCACUGUGGCCUUCCACCUCAGCUCGCGCGCUGUGCUGGCAUCACCAGCUCAUCGCAUGCUCGUUGACAGGCUGGCAACGCCACGUGUGCUCACAGAGGGGCUCACUGUUCCUGACUCAUGUGGCCUCUCCCAGCCAAUGUCAAACCCUGCCAAAGUAGGGUUUGCGGGUCUUGGAAAUCAAAGCAAUGCCCAGCAGCAGCAGCAGUGGCAGCAGCAGCAGCAGCAGUGGCAGCAGCAGCAGCAGCUGCAGCAGCAGCUGCAGCAGCAGCAGCAGCAGCAGCAGCAGCAGCAGCAGCAGCAGCAGCAGCAGCAGCAGCAGCAGCAGCAGCAGCAGCAGCAGCAGCAGCAGCAGCAGCAGCAGCAGCAGCAGCAGCAGCAGCAGCAGCAGCAGCAGCAGCAGCAGCAGCAGCAGCAGCAGCAGCAGCGACAACCGAUGUUCCAGCAGGCUCGGGAGGAGCUGCGUUCGCAGGCGCAGCCACGGCUGGAGGUGAGGCAGGUGCUGGUGCGAGGUGGGCCCAAGGAGUAUGGUUUCAUCAGCACUCUGAAGCAGCUGUGCCGCCUGCAUUCCCUCGACCCUGCGGCCUUCCCCCUGCCGCCGCAGCAGCAGCAUCAGCUGCAGCUACAGCGGCAGCAGCAGCAGCAGCAGCAGCAGCAGGGAUACAGAGGCAUGGGGGAAGGGAAAGGGGAACGGGCGUGGGUGCUGCCGGGCUGGCAGGGAGGUAGGGAUGAUGCUGUUGCUGAGGCGAGAGCCAGGCUGUUGCUAAGUGGAGGAGGGGUUUGGGAAGAGGUGGCUGGGAGAUCGAUGCGGGAGGAGGAAGAGGAACUAAGGAAGAGAGAUAGGGAGGAUUAUAGGGAGAAGGUUUGGAGGCCUACAGGGAAAGCGAGGGAGGUGGCGAAGGAGAGGGAAAGGGAGAAGGAGAUGAGAAGGGAGAUGGAGAGGAGAAGGGCGCUGGAGAGGCAAAGGGAGAAGGAGAGGAGACAGGAGAUGGAGAGGAGAAGGGCGCUGGAGAAGGAGAGGAAAAGGGAGAAGGCAAGGGUUCAUGCAGAGACGAUGAGAAGGAAUAAGGAGAGGAAAAAGGAGAAGGCGAGAAUUCAUGCGGAGGCGAUGAGAAGGAUUAAGGAGAGGAAUAAGUUGGCAAAGUUAACGAGGGAGGAGAUUGGAAAGGCGAAGAUGAGACUAAAUCAGAAUGCGAUAAUUAGGGAGAAGUCGAGGAAACGGGCAGAGGAGAGGGCAAUAGAAGAGAGGCAAAGGGCGGAGGAGAGUGAAAGGGAGAAGGAGAGGGAAAGAGCGAAUACGACAGAGGGGAGGGAAAGGGAGAAGGAGAGGGAAAGGGAAAAGGGAAUGAAACUCGACAUGAAAAUGGCAAAAAGGAAGAGAGCGAAGGAGAAGAAGCGAGCAAAACGGGACGAAGAGAGAGAGCGACAGCUGCAGGAGGCACUGAAAGGGGGUGAGGGACGAGAUGAUGGGGCAGAGGGUGGGAAGGAGAAGGAAGAGAUGCUGCGUAGUCUUAAAUGGACGGCCCACCGAAUCCAGAAGUUAGAGGAGAGAUUGAAGAACAAAGGGGGGAAGAGUGGAAAGUGGUCUAAGAAGCGAGAGAAGAGGACUUUGAGGCGGCUGCAAAUGCGAAAGGCGGAACUGGCGGAACUGGAGGCAGCACUAGGUGAAGCAGGGGAGAAGGGGCAAGGUGAAGCAGGGGAGAAUGCGCAAGGUGAAGCAGGGAAGAAGGCGCAAGGUGAAGCAGGGGAGAAUGCGCAAGGUGAAGCAGGGAAGAAGGCGCAAGGUGAAGCAGGGGAGAAGGGAGAGAUACUGAGUAGUAUAAAAUGGACGGCCAAACGAAUCCUGAAGUUAGAGGAGAGAUGGAAGACCCAAGGGGGAGAGAAUGGACUGUUGUCUAACAAGCAAGAGAGGAAGGUUUUGAGACGGUUGGAAAUGCGAAAGGCGGAACUGGCGGAACUGGAGGCAAAGCUAGGUGAAGCAGGGGAGAAGGCGCGAGGUGAAGCAGGGGAGAAGGCGCGAGGUGAAGCAGGGGAGAAGGCGCGAGGUGAAGCAGGGGAGAAGGCGCGAGGUGAAGCAGGGGAGGGGAGGGGCGCGGGGACCAAUGUGAGCGAUGUGAGUGCUGGAAAGGAAUGGGUGGAGACUGCACAGGUGGAGCAGGGAAGCAAGGGAGUGACCGGAAAGGGAGGGAUUGUGGUUGCGCAGCGGAAGGUUGUGAAGCUUGCAGCUGCUGUGGCAGUGGAGAAGAAGAAUAAGAAGAAAAGGAAGAAUAGGAAAAGGAAAAAGAACAAGGGGGGGGAGGAGGUGGAGGAGGAGGUGGAGGAGGAAGAGGUGGAGGAGGAGAAAGAGGAGGAGGAGGAGAAGGAGGAGGAGGAGGAGGAGGAGGAGGAGAAGGAGGAGGAGGAGAAGGAGGAGGAGAAGGAGGAGGAGAAGGAGGAGAAGGAGGAAGAGAGAAAAGGAAAGAAAAAGGAGGAGGAUAAAGAGAAGGAGAAGGAGGAGAAGAAUGACAGGCAGGGUGGGGGCCGAAGGAGGGGAGGUGAGCGCGAGGGAGUCAAGGAGGCUGAGGGAAGGGGUGGGGCUGCUGUUGCUGUGGGGGCUGCUGUGGCGACUGGUGCGACUGCUGGGGGGAAUGCUGCGGGGAGUGCUGGGGGGACUGGUGUGGGUACUGGAACGGAGGUGACUUUUGAGACGUCUCAAAAGUCGUCUGCUGCGGGGACUGGUGCAGCGACUGGUGUGGGUACUGGAACGGAGAUGGUGGCUGUGAUGGUACGGAAUGAAGAGGAGAUUGAAUUAGAUGAGGAGCAAGAGGAGGAGGAGGAGGAGGAAGAGAAGGAGGAGGCGCGCCCAUGCAUCCGAGAUUUGAGUCUACUCAAAGGCCAGGACCCACUGCACUGGGUCAGUAUCCUCCCUUUCCUCCCUUAA